AUGUCUGUCGCGCUCACGGCUGUCGUCGCCCGGGCUCGCGGACUGCCUCUUGCCGACCUCAUCCGCAUACUCUCGGCUCAGUCGUUCAAAUUCGCGCCCAAAUUCCUCAAAUACUGCUUCUUCCUUCUCUUCCUGUUCCAAUUUCGGUCGUGGCCAUUGGCAUGGCACUUCUUCGUGUGGCGACCUGUGUUCAAGCUGCGCGGCCAUUAUCGCUUGACGCGCCUGUUGUACACCUUUUCUUCUGCCAAGGUCCGCCAGCAGAAGAUGGACGAGUGGAUUGAGAGCCUGUCUCAUGUUGGGGUGAACCCUUUCGAUUUAUUGGUUGACUUCAAGACGUGGGCUGGCCCUGAUGAUUGCGACUACAACCUGCACCUCAGCAACUCCUCUUACCCCAAGAGGCUUGAUGCAACCCGGAUGAAGCUUGGGCUCCAGCUCUGUCCUACCCUCUUCCGCGUGGGUGGCUGGAUGGGGCUUGGAGCGACCCACUUCACGUUCCUCCGCGAGAUCCCCAUGUUCUCGAAGUACGAGAUGCGCACUAGCGUCAUGAGCUGGGACAACAAAUGGAUGUACAUCGUCACUCGCUUCGUGACCAAGCGCAAGAAGGGCGGCAAGCACUCGUCCGCGAAACUCCCCUCAAACGCCCGCGCCAUCGACACCGCGCCCUCCGCGUCCGUGCACACCGCGAACGGGCUCACGACCGGGUCCUCGACGCCCCUCGCCGCGCCCAUGAGCGCGCAGGCCGCCGCGGCGCAGCUGCUCGAGCGCCCCGAGCCCGACGGCGCGCUCAUCAACUGCCUCGCGGUCUCCGAGGUCGUGUGCAAGGUCGGGCGGAUCACCGUCCCGCCCGCGCUCGUGCUCGCCAUCGACGGCUUCUGCCGCGGGCCCGCCGCCACGUCCGCCGCCGCCACCGCGCCGUACUCGCACGCGAACCCGCCGCCGCACUGGGCGCACGUGCAGAGGCUCAUCGGCAGCGGGGCCGGGCUCGACGACAAGCGCGGGCUGAGGGCGCUGCGGGACUUUAUGGCGGCCGGGUGGCGUGAGGUGCCGGAGGGCGAGCGGUGGUGGGAGGACGCGAUGGCGGGCGAGGUCGAGGAGCGGCGCGUGCGCGGGCUGGGGUGCAUGCAGGCGGUGAGGAACGGGAUGGAGGAGGCGCGCACUAUUUUGUGA